UUUGCUGGGAGAAGACAGCGCCGCUUGACACGUGAGCCUCAUGUGACAGAGCUGGGUCAGGCUGAGCGGACAGACUGCAGAGACUUUAGUCCUCCGGCGGAUCCCUUUGCUCCUGGAUCACCUCUAAAGCUGGGGGAAAACAUGUCACACUGAAUGAGAAAGCUUGACCGGUAUAUUUUUGUAUAGGGAUAAACUUGCCACGUAACUUUAGCCGGAUUUUGUUUUGAGUUUUUUUGCCCUUCACGCAACAAAAGAUAAUGGAGCGAAUUCCGAGCGCGCAACCUCCUCCGAUGUCGAAACAUCAAGGUGAUCUAACAGACAUGCACGGCAUGGACUUUCCCAUAUAUGCCUACAAACCCAGGCGGGGAAUGAAACGAGGCGAGGAGAGCAAGGAGACUUACAAGCUGCCUCACAGGCUCAUCGAGAAGAAAAGACGUGACAGGAUAAACGAGUGCAUCGCUCAGUUGAAGGAUCUGCUACCGGAACACCUCAAACUUACCACGCUGGGCCAUCUAGAGAAGGCUGUGGUUUUGGAGCUCACGCUCAAGCACGUGAAGACGCUCAGUACUCUACUGGAGCAACAGCAGCAGAAGAUCCUCGCCCUGCAGAGCGGCAUGCAUAUUGAGCAACCUUUGGUUAGCCAGGACAAGUCUGAGGAGAUGUUCCGUUCUGGCUUCCACAUGUGUGCUAAGGAGAUUCUCCAGUAUCUGGCCAGUCGCGAGCGCGAUGUCAACUUCACGCCAUCUCACGUCAUCAACCACCUUCAUAAGCUGGCCACUGAUGUGCUCCAACAAAGUCCAAAGCGACCCCGUUCCCCCAUCAGCCCUCCACCCGAAGAAAUCCCCACUUACAGCCAGCACCAACCCCACAAGGAGGUGCCCACCAGCUUGCCACCGAAACCCAGUGAGGGCUACGGGAGAGUGCCUGUCAUCCAGCGAGCGCAUGCGCCUCCGAGUAGCGAGCAAAGCGGCAGCGACACUGAUACAGACAGCGGCUACGGUGGCGAGCUGGAGAAGAACGAGUGCAGCGCCCCUCAGAGGCGCCCCGACUACUACAGCCAGGAGGGCAAGCUGAUGAAGAGGAGCAUGGCCGAGAGGCAGAGCUCUGGUGUCAAGCGGGAAGACGAUGAGCCGAGGCACAAACGGGCCCGGGCGGAAUCAUCUGAGGAUGAGCUGCUCUCAGGUGCUGAAUCGUCAGCCUCCUCCUCAUCUAGUGGCUACGGGAGCUACAUGAGCGUCUCACCCAACCAUCCAACACCACCCCCACACCCCCUCUGCAUGCCCUUCUACCUCAUUCCGCCCUCUGCCGCUGCCUACCUACCGAUGCUGGAGAAAUGCUGGUACCCAGGAACCAUGCCCAUGCUGUACGCCGGCAUGGGGGGCUCUACCACGGCCGUCCCCAGCGAGAGGCCGCCUCCACCUCCGCUGGUCAUGUCUCCCAGAGGAGGCUCUCCGGCUCCUGCAGUAUCCCAGACGCCCAUGGACUCCCCAGCCCUCCUUCAGGCAUUGAAGCAGGUGCCACCCCUCAACAUGGAAACCAAAGACUGAGAUGAGAAUGACUGAGAACGUCCUGAGAACGUCCUGCAGUCCAUCAAGUCAUUUUGCUACUUUGCUCCUCAUCCUGGAAUGUAGUAGGUGUCAUUUGUAUGACAAGAGAAAGAGGGUUGGAGGAAGAGUAGUGUCCAAAUGGUUGAAUGUUUUGUGCAAAUGGACUUGCCCUGCACGUACACACACACACACACACACACACACAAACACACGCACACUUGGUUGAAUGUAAAGAAAGGCGUUUCAGAUGCUGCUGUUGAGAAAAAAAUGACACUGACGCAUUUCACUUGUAGCUUUUGUGAUAAGACAUGCCAUUUUUUUGUACUAGAAAACAUUACACCAAAUGUUAGAAAUAAGACUCCACCCAAAGUUUGUUGCCUAUUGUUGGUUCACACCACCAUGAUGAUGAUGAUGAUCAUCAUCACUUCAGAGGUCUGACACUUUGACCAUACCGAAUGAAAAGUCAACCAUUCACGAGGUGAGAUGGAUUCUAAUGUAAUUACUGUGGAUAAACUUCUUGUACAUUUCUAUUUUUGAUACCUUGUCCAUGCACUCUUGUCUGCUGAGCUUGGGGGGGGGGGGGGGGGGGGUGAGAGACAAUGUGUGCGUGUGUACAUACUGUAGCACUGUGCUGGACCUGGUCUGCAUACUCACAACAUCUGUUUCCGCUCAAGUCAAACCUGGCGUUUGUUCUUGCUGUUGCCUUUUUACUUUUUACUCAGAUGUUCUCUGUUAGUGCGCAUGAAUCCCAGAGCGCCAUGAGUCAAGGGGGGAGGGGGGAAGAGAAGUGAAUGUAAGUUUGACCACAGAAAACUAGUUUUCUAUAGAGAGAGGUACUUAAGAUUUUAUAUUUUGGGACCUACAUGAAAGAUGAUUGCUGUUUGUACAUAUUUUGUUGAUAAAUGUUGAUAUACAUUAUAUAAGUGUAUUAAUAAAGUUAUUUUUUUCCUGUGGAA